GAGGAACAAAGCUGCUCCUCGUGGGCGGAGUUGCGCUCUGCAAGUAGCAGGGAGUCGUGCAUUUCAGCUGGGUAGAAGCUGGCAUCCGAGAAGCGGCAAGUCGGACUGUCUUCGGACAUAGACUGACUUUGCCUGUCAUGGCUCACGGGAUCCUUUCUCCGCCAGCGGGCUUACUCUCUGAUGAAGAUGUUGUAGACUCCCCUGUGUUAGAAUCCACAGCUGCAGAUCUGAGGUCUGUGGUCCGAAAGGACCUGUUGUCAGACUGCUCUGUCAUCUCCGCCUCUCUGGAGGAUAAACAGGCCCCACUGGAGGACACCUCAGAGAAGAUGAAAGUUUACCUUCGAAUCCGACCGUUCUUAACUUCUGAGUUGGACCGACAGGAAGAUCAGGGCUGUGUCUGUAUCGAGAACACAGAAACCCUUCUGCUACAGGCACCCAGAGACUCCUUUGCCUUGAAGAGCAAUGAGAGAGGCAUUGGUCAAGCCGCUCACAGAUUCACCUUUUCCCAGAUAUUUGGGCCAGAAGUGGGACAGGUGUCCUUCUUCAACCUGACCAUGAAGGAGAUGGUGAAGGACGUUAUCAAAGGGCAGAACUGGCUCGUGUACACCUAUGGAGUCACCAACUCGGGGAAAACCUACACAAUUCAAGGUACUGGUAAGGAUGCGGGGAUCCUGCCCCAGUCCCUGGCUCUCAUCUUUAAUAGUCUCCAGGGCCAACUUCAUCUAACCCCUGAUCUGAAGCCCCUGUUGUCCAACGAGGUAAUCUGGCUAGACAGCAAGCAGAUCCGACAGGAGGAGAUGAAGAAGCUGUCCUUGCUAACUGGAGGCCUCCAAGAGGAGGAGCUGUCCACCUCCUUGAAGAAAUAUGUCCACACUGAAAGUCGAGUAGGUGUCAGCUUUGACAGUGGCGUCGCUGGGCUGUCUUCCACCAGUCAGUUCACCAGCAGUAGCCAGCUAGAUGAAACAAGUCAGUUAUGGGCAGCACCUGACACUGUUCCAGUAAACGUCCCAGCAGACAUGCGCUUCUCUGUCUGGAUCUCCUUCUUUGAGAUCUACAAUGAAUUCCUUUAUGACCUGUUAGAACCACCUAACCAUCAGCAUAAGAGACAGACACUUCGGCUGUGUGAGGAUCAGAGCGGCAAUCCUUACGUGAAAGACCUCAAUUGGAUUCAUGUUCGUGAUGUUGAGGAAGCCUGGAAACUCUUGAACGUGGGUCGUAAGAACCAGAGCUUUGCCAGCACGCACAUGAACCAGCACUCCAGCCGCAGUCACAGCAUCUUCUCAAUCAGAAUCUUGCACCUUGAAGGAGAAGGGGAUAUAGUGCCCAAGAUCAGUGAGCUGUCACUCUGUGAUCUGGCUGGCUCAGAGCGCUGCAAACAUCAAAAAACUGGUGAGCGGCUAAAGGAGGCAGGCAACAUUAACACUUCUCUGCACACCCUGGGCCGCUGUAUUGCUGCCCUGCGACAGAAUCAGCAAAACCGGUCAAAGCAGAACCUGAUUCCUUUCCGGGAUAGCAAGUUGACUCGUGUGUUCCAAGGCUUCUUCACAGGGCGAGGUCGUUCCUGUAUGAUUGUCAAUGUGAAUCCCUGUGCAUCUACAUAUGAUGAGACUCUUCAUGCAGCCAAAUUCUCAGCCCUGGCCAGCCAGCUUGUACAUGCCCCACCUGUGCAUCUGGGAAUCCCAUCCCUUCAAUCAUUCAUCAAGGAGCAUGGGCUUCAGGUGUCCCCUGGCAUAAAGAAAGAGGGCAAGGCCAACUCGGACCUUGAGGACAAUCCUGAAGACGAAGCUGACAUCUCCAUGUACGGCAAGGAGGAGCUACUCCAGGUGGUGGAAGCCAUGAAAGCACUACUUUUAAAAGAACGACAGGAAAAGCGGCAGUUGGAGAUACAGCUCCGUGAGGAAAUUUGCAAUGAGAUGGUGGAACAGAUGCAAGAACGGGAGCAGUGGUGCAGCGAGCGUUUGGACACCCAGAAGGAACUCUUGGAGGAUCUGUACGAGGAGAAACUGAAGAUCCUGAGGGAAUCACUGACAACUUUCUACCAAGAACAGAUUCAGGAGCGGGAUGAAAAAAUUGAAGAACUAGAAACUCUCUUGCGGGAAGCCAAACAGCAGCCAGUGGCACCACAGUCCGGGGGGUGUGAAUUGUCCCUCCGGCGGUCACAAAGGUUGGCAGCUUCUGCCUCCGCUCAGCAGUUCCAGGAAGUUAAAGCUGAACUAGAGCAAUGCAAAACAGAGUUAAGCUCAACCACUGAAGAGCUGAAGAAGCAUCAGCAGAUGUUGAAACCACUGCCCACAGCCAAGCCUUUCACCAUGGAUGUGGAUAAGAAGUUAGAGGAGGGCCAGAAGAAUAUAAGGCUGCUACGAACAGAGCUCCGGGAACUGGGACAGUCUCUGCAGUCAGCAGAGAGAGCCUGUUGCCACAGCACCGGAGCAGGAAAACUUCGACAGGCAUUAACCAACUGCGAUGACAUCUUGAUCAAACAGAACCAGACCCUGGCAGAGCUACAGAAUAACAUGAUGCUGGUGAAACUGGACCUUCAGAAGAAGGCAGCCUGCAUUGCGGAGCAGUACCACACCGUGCUCAAGCUCCAGGGCCAAGUCUCUGCCAAAAAGCGGCUGGGAGCAAACCAGGAAAACCAGCAACCAAACCAUCAACCUCCGGGGAAGAAGCCAUUCCUGCGAAGCUUCCUUCCUCGAACACCUGCCUGCCAGAGCUCUACAGACAGCAGCCCGUAUGCUCGGAUCCUGCGCUCUCGGCACUCUCCUUUACUCAAAUCUCCCUUUGGCAAAAAAUACUAACAUUGUGAGGAUGACGAGGCAUGGUUGUUGCCUGAGGUUGGUCAGCUGAUGAGUCUCUCUUAAGCUUCAGCGUAUACCCAGAACUGUAUACAGAAUUACUGUAUUAUAAUCACCUAUAUAAUCUUGUUUUUUUAUGCACAAAUAUUAUAUAAAAUAAAGACACUGUUUAUGCUUUUA